CCUUGGAAGUCAACAUAGUCCAGUUUCUGCUUACAGCUUAAUCCGCCAAUUAGGUCCUAGAUGAAGCUGAUCGAAUGCUUGAUAUGGGCUUUGAAGAGGAUGUUCGCUCAUAUUGGGGAACACAAAGUUCUGCUUGUCAGAUGGUAAUGUUUCGUGCUACAUGGCCUUUAGAUGUUCAUCGAUUGGCUCAGGAGUACAUGGACCCCGAUCCUGUAAAGGUUGUGAAAGGCUCUGAAGAUUUAGCUGCCUACCAUGAUGUUAUGCAGAUUGUUGAGGUUUUGGAUGAGCGGUCACGUAAUGAGUGUUUGAUUGCUUUGCUGAAAAAUACCAUGAAUCUAAGAGAAGCUGAUCGUGUUGAAAAUAUGCUGCAACGAGGCGGUUGGAAUGCUGUUGCUAUACAUGGUCGCAAAGCACAACAUGAGCGUACUAAGGCGUUAUCACUGUUCAAGAAGGGAAGCUGUCCAUUGAUGGUAGCGACAGAUGUGGCUGCUCGAGGAUUAGAUAUUCCUGAUGUUGAAGUAGUGAUCAAUUAUAGUUUCCCUCUAACUACAGAGGACUAUGUCCACCGGAUUGGGAGGACUGGAAGGGGCUAGUCGGAAGGGUGUUGCUCACGCGUUCUUCAUGCAGCAAAACAAGGUAUUCAAAUUUUUUUUAGAAGGACCUCUUCUUCUGAGUUCCAGAUUCAAAUGAUAAUCUACACCUUCUAUCUUGCCAAGCGGUUCACUUUAUAAUUUUAUGUGGCUCGGAAACUUUAUUUCAAGUAGUGAUAUAAAUUUCUUUCAGGGACUUGCUGGAGAGCCGAUAAAUGUGCUCAGAGAAGCUGGGCAAGUAGUGCCACUUUUUUUCCAUGUGCAUUAAUUCUCACCUGUGUUAAAAAUCAAAUUUCAUACCACUUCUUACCUGGUAAGCCUGUCUUAAUGCAGAAGUCAAAGUUAUAUGGGGCCCAUUUCAAGAAUUCCUGAUCUGAUGAGGGUAUCUGCUUUGGUGGUGCCGAGAAGGACUACUUAAAUCAUGCUGUGUCCUAGAACGUUCAUCAUUCUUGAAGGGAUAUGAAUCAUGCUUAGUGAUACUGGUUUUGCAAUAUGGGUCAAAGAAUAUUAAUGUCUUCAUCUUGUCCCCUUCGAUACGUUUGAUUAGUUGUGGUCCUGUAAUCUGUACUGAGUUUGAAAGUCUCUCUAACCUGCUCCUAUCUUUUGAUGCCCGGAUUCAGAUUCAAUUGGAGAUCACACAUGCCCAUUUCAAGAAUUCUAUAGGAUAAAGUUUUCUAUCCACGGCUAUUUUGUGGCUGUUUAUGUUUGUUAUCCCAUGAGACAUUUUCUAAGGAACUUCUAGGCCUUCAUUUCCCCUGUUAUCUCAACUG